AUGUAGAUGCUUUGAAUAUUUGUUACUGAGCAAAGGAGCGAACACCAAAGAGUGAAUAUUAAUGACUGAAGAGUGAGUGAACACUCAAUAAUAAAAACUGAACACUAAAGUGAAAACUGAACACUAAAGUGAAAACUGAACACUAAAGAGUGAGUGAACACUAAAGUUAAAACUGAACACUGUAGAGUGAGAAGUGAAAAGUAUACUCCAGAAUGAAUACUUCCCGGGAUAAUGUGACCGGAUCAGCUGGUAAAACGAGCAGCUUGAAACCAAACUAUGUUCUUAAGUUUACUCUCGCUGGUCAUACUAAGGCGGUCAGUUCUGUCAAGUUCAGUCCUAGUGGGGAGUGGUUAGCCAGCAGCUCAGCAGAUAAGCUAAUCAAGGUUUGGAAUGCGUACGAUGGAAAGUUUGAGAAGACUAUUUCUGGACACAAGCUGGGUAUAUCUGAUGUAGCCUGGAGUAGUGAUAGUAGACUUCUAGUCUCAGCUAGUGAUGAUAAAACUCUCAAGAUCUGGGAAUUCAGCUCUGGAAAAUGUCUGAAGACCUUAAAAGGGCACUCGAACUACGCAUUCUGCUGCAACUUCAAUCCACAAUCCAACCUCGUUGUUUCCGGAUCAUUCGACGAGUCCGUCAGGAUCUGGGAUGUAAGAACAGGAAAAUGUUUAAAAACGCUUCCCGCACACUCUGAUCCAGUCAGUGCAGUUCACUUCAACCGAGAUGGAAGUUUGAUUGUAUCCAGUAGCUACGAUGGACUUUGUAGGAUAUGGGAUACAGCCUCAGGUCAAUGUUUGAAGACUCUGAUAGACGAUGAUAAUCCUCCAGUCAGCUUUGUCAAGUUCUCUCCUAAUGGUAAAUAUAUCCUGGCGGCCACUCUGGACAACACCUUGAAGCUAUGGGACUACAGCAAGGGAAAGUGCUUAAAGACUUACACCGGGCACAAGAACGAGAAGUACUGCGUAUUUGCUAACUUCAGUGUCACAGGCGGUAAAUGGAUAGUGAGUGGAAGCGAGGACAACCAAGUAUAUAUAUGGAAUCUACAGACUAAAGAAAUCGUUCAGAAACUUGCAGGACACACUGAUGUUGUAUUGUGUACUGCAUGUCACCCAACUGAGAAUAUAAUUGCCUCUGCCAGCCUCGAGAACGAUAAGACCAUUAAACUCUGGAGAUCGGACACAUAAACUGAUCGUAUUGUACUGUACAGUGUAUAUAAAUUGUACUGUGUACACGGUACAUGCUGUGUUUUUGAUGUAUUAAAUAGAAUAAUGUGUUCUGUAAACAGUUUAAUAAACGGUGUGUGGGGGGAGGAUUUCAGUAGAAUUAACUUUAAUGUUAAUGCAAUAAAUCUUAAAAUUAAGUAUUUAUUGAACUGGUUUCAUAUUUGCUAAUGCUAGUAAAAAUGAAUGAACUAGAACCCAGCCAAAAAACUACCAGUUUUUAUCUUAAAUCUUUCUUGGUUGCGCACCCUAACAAAUACUGGAGAAUACGCUCUUCAUAUAUUUUUAAGAUAAGAUAAUAAGUGUGCUGAUGAUGUGUACACAGAAAUAUGAUCAUGUUUGUACAACUUUCCUUGUACUGCACGGUCGAUCCAUUGUAUUCUAUUGUGAAAACUUAAUUACAAUAAUUGUCUAGUAAAAAUCGUAAAAAUAAAAUUCUCUAUAUGUACAGUUUA